UAGGUGCCAGUUCGCGCUCAACUUCCCGCGUAAACUUUUCUCUUCCCGUCGUCGCUCGCUCUUGCCAGUGCGCGCGCGCGCGCUUAUAAGAAAAUCGUUUGUUUUCGAUUUUGCAAAGUGAAGUCGAUGAUCGGGGUGACGAUCGUUCGCGUGUAAUAUAAGAGCAGCUCGAUGAGAUGCGGUGGACUAGUUUCUGAAGAAGCUGACUAUGUCGUUGGUUUAAAGUGUGCUGUUCCAGAGCUGUGGUACUAUACCAUGAGGGAGGAGUAUGGGACGCUCGGAUGCUGAGGGAGCUUUGCAGAAACGAGGCCUCAUGAAUUGGCCGCGAGAUCGACAUUUUCUGCGGCCGCGGUAGCUUCGAACGAAAAACUCAACCAAAAGAUGGCUGCAACCGCAUUAGCGGCCACGUCGGCGGUCAUGCCGCCGAAACUCGACAAAGCCGAGAACAGCAGCCUCGACAUGGCAGAGAUGUCGGAGAUUCUGCGGGGCUUCUACGAGGACUUCAACAGCGAGACCAAUUAUCUGCUGAUUGGCCUCUAUGUCCCGGUCAUCAUUCUCGCUAUGACUGCCAAUAUACUUGUUAUCAUCGUCGUCUUCAAGUACCAAUACAUGCGCAGUGUGACCAACUACUUCGUGGUGAACCUGUCGGUGGCCGAUCUCCUCGUGACGAUAAUUUGCAUGCCGAUGGCCGUCAGCCAGGCGGUGUCCAUUAUCUGGGUCUACGGCGAGCUUAUGUGCAAGCUCUUCUUCUAUCUACAAGGCGUAGCGGUCGCGGCCUCGGUCUUCACCAUCACGGCCAUGAGCAUCGACAGGUACCUGGCGAUAAGGAGCCCGAUCGCCUUCAGGCGGGUCUUCAAUCGCAAGAGCACGAUCAUCGUUAUUGCGGGUCUCUGGAUCGUUGCGCUGAGUAUUUUCGCGCCUGUUCUCAGAGCGGUGACGCUGCAGAGUCCCAUCACGGACUUGGACAACAUAACUCUGGCAGGCCAGUGGGCGAGCGACGAGCCAGGCCUGCAGAUGCCCAAGCCCCCGACUUUUUACGUAUGCUCCGAGGACUUCAAGCCGCUUGGUAUUCACGCGCACAUUUUCGGCACCGCCUGCUUCGUUCUCGUUUACGCCGUUCCAGGCUUCAUUGUGAUAAUGGCGUACUCCAUGAUGGGCCGGACUCUCUGCGCCAGAAAGCCGCCCUUCGACUGCGACAGCAUCGAGGGUAGCGCGAGUUCGCAGCAGGGUUUCCGGCUGGUCCGCGAGCGAAGACGAGUAGCUUGGAUUUUAUUGCUGCUCGCCGUCCUCUUUGCCCUCUGCUGGCUGCCCUACAACGUACUCCGACUACUCGUCGAUCUGGGCGUCGUUCGCGAGGGCAGACUCAUCUCCGACGUGCUGUCCUACUGCCUGUUCCUCGGUCACGCGAACAGCGCCCUCAAUCCCGUAGUCUACUGCUUCAUGACGAGGAACUUCCGCAGGAGCGUCGCCGAGAUUCUCUGCAGGGGUAAUUACGGACUGGCCAGGCGCAAGCCACACCGCAAAUGGUUCCAGACUUUGGGCUCGGCUGUCGGAGUCUGCGCAGGCUGCAACAACAACAGCGCGGGCCGGGCCUACUACCCGAAGGCCCAUCCUGGCGACAGCGUAGGCCGGGGCAUCUUCGCCCCGUCUGGACAGGCAGGGCAGCAGCAGUCGACGCCGGGCACAGCGGGCCCGACGAGCAGCCUGACCCUCCUCCAGCCGGGGACCACGGGUACGACGAUGGCCGGCGGAGCCCCGACGACGGCCGUCCAUCAGGCCUCUUCUCAGGGGAACCAGAGCCCGAGUUCCACGCCGGCUCACGCGGUUCUGGCUCUCCGCGCGGCCAGCAACAACAGCGCCAGCAACACCGGCUCGAGCAGCGGCUAUGACAGCUUCUACAGCCGGCACAGUCCGCACCGGCGCUGCUACAUGCUCAGGAGCCUGCCUCAGGAUCAGGAGCGGCACAAGGCUAUUUCUCCAGCUAAAGAGUGCAACGACGAGGACUGCAACGUCCUCGUGACGAGCAAAAAGUCUCACCGACACAGCCACAGUUCGCGCAGCAGCACUAGUUCGUCCCACAGUCGGAUACACCGGGGCAGCUACGACGCCGGUAAACAGAGUAGCCUCAUUAGCAGCGACGAACAGAGGUUCAUGUGAGCCGUUCGUUCUCGUGUUGGCUCCUCGAUUUUUGUCUUCCGAGGCGGAUGAUACCGCGUCGAUGGGGACGAGGCGACGCCGAAGAUUAUGAGUAGAAACUUUCUAAAAGGACGAUCGCGCUAUGCGCUGGUUCGUUAAGAUGUUCUUCAGGAGCUGUGAAAUAAUCGAUCGGAUAUAAUGCGCUAAUUGCUGCACUGGCUGCAGAAAAGUGGUAAUCGAUCGCAAGUUGGUAUGUCGUCGUUGUUAUAUGUGCGAAAUAUUUUGUAAAUAUACAUUAACGUUUUCGAAGACUAUUUCUUAUAUUAACGGAGAUGAUGAUGGAAAGGGGAACGAUAUAGUACCUAUAUGCUCUUGUGAUCGGUAUAUACAUUUCACGCGCACACACUAUAUAGGGUAUUUUUUGAUCAUGCUCUCGUGAUCGUAAAAUUUAUUACAAUUACAGUAUAGUUGAGCGUUUUCGAGGAUAAUUUGAUAAUCUGUAAGGAAGUAUGUGUAAAUGUGUAAUUGAUGAUAAACGCGAAUAGUACAUAUUACGUAAUAUAUGUACACGAGGAAUCCCGCUAAUGAAUCACACCUUUUUCGGAGAGCUAAAAAUGGUCUCAUUUUUAGACCCCAAUAGGUGUAUGUUUUUACGAAAUCCCUCGUGUAUUAUUAGCUAUGCGAUACGUUUCUUUGUAUUACGUGUAAUAUUUUUUGCAUUUAAAGAAAGUGAUAUAUAAUAUAUAUAAAAUACUAUGUGUGAAACUUACAACUAUCACGUUUGAAUUGUACAUUAUAAGAUAACAUUUAUAUUUUUGUUUUGCCGCAUAUCCUCGUUUGUAUAUGGAACGCCGUUUUUUAAGAGAUGUGUAUAUACAAGUGUUCUAUUCUUUCUUUUUACUAUAUAAAAGCUCAAUUUCAAAUCCAACUAAAACAUCGAGAGUUAAACUCUGGAAAACUUCUUUGCAUGUAUGGCUACGAUGUAAAGGCUUUUUUCAAGAAGCGUAAACUAAUUCAAGACUCCAACGACUGUUAAAAAUACAUAGCUUUUAAGACUAUUAUACUAUCUAUAUCACACUAAAUAAAGAUAACGAUUUUUCAUUAUAUAACAA